AUGUCGCGCGCGCACGAGACCGCGGAGGCGACGGCGACGGGGAACGCGCGCAGGGACCUCACCGCGGCGGUAUCGGAGAGGAUAGGACGCGGGAACAGGGGUUCGCGCAUGGACGCCGCCGUGGGCGCGAUGUUAGAGAAAGAGAACGACGCGAGCGCGCGCGACGCGCGUCAUCGCGACGUCGACGUCGACGCGGACGCCGUCGGCGCGUGGGCGCCGCGAAAGCGACGCGAAGAAAAAUUCGUCGACGCCGCGAAGACGUCGUCGCCGCCGAAGGCUGGUUCCUCCGCGGCGGCGACGCGAGCGCCCGCGAUACCCGCCGCGACCGCGACCGCGACCGCGACCGCGAGCGCGAGCGCGAGCGCGAGCGCGCGCGACGCCGCCGCCGCGGACGCGGCCGAGCGACGCGCGGCGCUGAGAUGCGACGGGAGGAGGAUGAUCAAAAGCGGGCACGUGCCAGCCGCGCCGCCGCCGACGACGUCCGCGAGGAGGAGGGCGGAGGCGUCGACGCAUCGGUCGUUCCUCGGGAAGUACGGGUUAGACGCCGUCGACGGCGAUGUGGUCGUGAAGAGGUGAAGAAGAGAGGGGGGACGCGGGAAGUGCAGACGGCGCCGCGUCGGCGCCGGACCGCCGCGGAGGCCAGACCGCGCGGUUGAUCGGUUCGUAGGGCUAGACUACGGUUCAACUACUGUAUCGCUGCUUUC